AUGAGUAAACGAUUCAAUUUACCGUAUACUACGCAAGAUUUAUUUCCACAGACAUCAAUCCCCUCCACGUCUCUGCGGUUUCCUCAAGGAUCAGUCACAGGAGGAUCGUUUAUAUCCACAUCUUCUUCUACAUUCACGAACAAUACCAAUCAUGAUUACACGGGAGGUAACGUACAAAACUUGAGAAAAAUGUUCAAGCGAUUAUUCAAGCCUACUACGCUUGACUUUGAAACUGCAAUCUGGGAAAUAUUUCACCUAAUAAUUAAUCCUAAAAAGAUGUACAGAUCACACUACUAUUAUAAACCUCUGUCGAAUACGAAAUCGACAUACUCAAGAGAUGAUCCCUCAUUUUUGAUAUUAUUAACGGCAUUUCUUUCUAUAAGUGCAAUUGCAUGGGGUAUGGCUUAUAGUCCUCGCAUAUGGGAUAUUGGUAAAUUGAUAGUAUAUAUGGUGAUCAUCGACUUCUAUCUAAGCGGUAUUGUCAUUGCGACCAUUUCGUGGUUCGUCACUAAUAAAUUAUUCAAUAAUACAUAUGGUAAUAUCGGAGGAGUCGGAAAAUAUAGUGUGAACUAUAUUGAAUGGGGAUUUUGUUUCGAUACUCAUUGCAAUUCAUUCCUAAUUAUCUGGUGUGUGUUGUACGUUUUACAAUUUAUUUUGCUACCAUUAAUCAGAAUAAAGAAGUCGAUUUUCGCCUUGUUAUUGGGUAACUCAUUAUAUUUCGGGGCUAUUGGAUAUUAUUUUGUGAUAACUUUUUAUGGGUUUAAUUCUUUGCCAUUCAUUAAUAACAGCAAUUCAUCCGCCACUAAAGGUGGAGCUAUGAAUAAUCCAGCUAAAUUAUUACAGAUGAUCAUUCUUGCUGGAAUCAUACCCCUACUUGCACUUGGUUGGCUUUUAGCUGUCUGCUUUGGAUUUAAUGUUGCCUACACAAUGGUUGAUACAUAUUUUAAUUAA